UACCCGUCCACAUUUGACCAAACAUACGGAUCUCAGUCCGAGAGAAAUUGACCAUGCACGACGGGGCUCAAGGUGGCAGAUAUGGAUAAUACGGUAUCGGAGCAGUUGCGGUCAUGAAGGUAGUUGUAUCGGCUUCCACCAAAGUGGGAUUGAAAUGAGUUGGUGAGACUACGAAGCUUUUGUUUAAGUCAAGAACAGUUCUCUUCAAUCUCUACCUCUGUUCCUCCUCCAAAUCUUUCUCAAAUCCUCUCAUCCCAACAUCUCUUUCAACACUGCUAUAGGGAAUUAAUAUCUCAAUCAUACAUCAGCCAUGCCAGUACCAUCAUUUGAGCGUACGUUGUUCUAUAGUUCCAGCCAAGCACUCGUGUCAACAUGCAGACUGAUAUGCUCUUUUUCCUAGGUCUUGUACGAUUCGUACCUCAAGCGUCUGAGGAGGUACUCAUAGGUCAACCAGUAGACUUGGAGCUCGAUGUGGGAGCUGCAAUCAUUGCAGGAAAAGAGGUGAAAAUUGAUGUAUACAGCGGAUCAUCAGUAUUAGAACCAGGCACUCCGACUGGAACAAUCAAAGAAAUACGAAAGCUUCUAUCUCCCCUCGCAGAGUCCGAAGUUGGCACAAUUCGAUGUAUCGGAUUAAAUGUAAGAUACCACUUCUGUGGAGGGGUUAUGUGGCAUUGAUUAAUUAUUGCACAGUACGUUCAACAUGCGCACGAAGUUAAAAUGGCCAUCCCAGAUCUACCGACUGUCUUCAUGAAACCUUCGACAUCUCUCGCAGAUCCAUAUCCUUCUCCGACAGUUAUCCCAAAAUUUUCGCUGAAAGAUGAUUGCUGUGAUUACGAAUCUGAGUUGGUAAUUGUGAUUGGGGAGAAAUGCAAGGACGUCAGCGAGGCAGACGCACUAAAAUAUGUUUUGGGAUAUACCGCGGCGAAUGAUGUUAGUAGUCGCGCAAGUCAAUUUGCACAAAGUCAAUGGUGCUUCAGUAAAAGUUUUGACGGAGCUUGUCCAAUUGGUUUGUCUUCUCAGAGGAAUUGAGUAAUUUAAGUUAACAAAAUCCUAGGUCCGGUAUUGGUGUCAACGAAGCUCAUCCCAGACCCAUCGAAACUUCGAGUGAGAGGUCUAAAGAAUGGAAAAGUUAUGCAAGAUUGCGGAACAGAGUAUGAAAUAUUCCAUCCCAUUUUAAGCAGUAAACUGACCAAAAACAGCGAUCUGAUCUUCCCGGUUGCAAAAAUUGUUUCCUUCCUCUCGCAGGGUACUACAAUGCUGCCAGGUACCAUUAUUUUGACCGGUACACCCGCAGGUGUUGGUAAUAGCUUCACACCAAAGGAAUAUUUGAGGGAAGGAGAUACAUUCUCCGUUGAGAUUUUACCACAUAUUGGAACUAUGAUGACCAAGUUUGAAGAUCAAAAGUAAAUCGAGAUUGACAGCACUAGGCGGUUUAUCAAUGUCCAAUAUGGCAGCAAUUAUCAAUUGCACAAAAACAAUCACUUUCGUCCGGUAGUAAGCUUCCAUUCGUUCACUCAAGUGG